AUGCGGAGGCUCUGCCACUGGACAUUCGUUUUGCAGUCGGAACACAUUUCUAGAGACUUUCACGAGUCUGUUUCAUACGUGCAUAAGCUGCCCGGUGCAAAGAACCAGGUCUUGGGCGCACUUGGCUGGAGUCUCCUGAGCAGACUAGCUGGAGAGAGAGCUUUGAGCAACCAGCAACACCCCCAAGACAGCAAAUGCUUGACUAAGGACAACACCGUGCAAGUACAAGUUGGAUCCGAUAAGGUGAGGUACAUCGCACGGUCAAUCGCACACCAGGUCAUCGGUGACCUCACACGUCGGUAUGGGGCGGGCCGCCUGUUGACAGCGGACGGUGUCGGUAUCCUUACCCCCCUCCUGGCCCUCGAGAAGGGGGAGUACACUUACGAGCCAGAUCCUGCCAUCGACUUCACCUUCAAGUGGACAGACUCCGAUGACGAAGUGUUCGAGGAGGUGGUGCGCCUGAAUGACCAGUCCGAUCUCAUACACGUGCUCAAAGUACCUAUACGGGGCGGUCAGCUUCCGCCCUAUUGGCUCAAAAGGGCCGUCCUCUAUGAGGCUCGAAAACAUUCAACCCGACAAGGUAUAUACCCUCGUGCAACCGGGGAGGCGGAGUGAUGCACUGGAGGUGAGCCAUGCUCUCGACGUUUUGUCGAAGGAGGUGGACAAGAUGGGAGAGACUUUGUUGAGGGUAAUUGGAAGCCAGGAGGGUCGACGCUUACCUGCUGCCGAGCAUGCGGCGGUUCAAGGUGGUGAAGCAUGAGCCGCAUUACGGAGAGGAGGAGGCGAGCCAGGAAUGGGGUGCGGCAGUGGUGAUUAAGCGAGAGCAAGGAACGGAGCUCCUGCUCGCGGACCACAAGAGCCGGCUAAAUGCGGCGGAUAUUCUGAAGAUGGCCGUACGGCUCCAAAAGGCAGUUCAACGCUCGAGGGAUCCCCGUGCGUGGAGGGCGUAUACUUAUCUGGCAGCAUACGACCGCGUGAGAGCGGUUUGUACUACCAAAUAUAUCGCUCCGUCCGAAAAGGAGGAGGUCAAGUGUGCAAGUGAGGUUUGCGACAUUCCGGUCCUCGUUGAGAACGGUGCUGAUCUGAGUACCUUCCUCAAUCUCGAAGGCGAUUGAAAUUGCUGAGCCGAUGUGACUGCGCC